AUGCCCGUCGACUAUCGCCAUGGCCUCUCCAUCCUCGACCUCCUUGUCUACAUUCCCACCCUCUUCAUUGCCGUAUGGCUGGCCUUCCACCAUGGCUUCACCAGGAGUGCCAGCUGGAUUUUUUUCGUCUUAUUCUCCCUCAUACAAGUAAUUGGGUCAUGCUGCUACCUCGCGACAAUCAGCAACCCAACCUCCGAGGACCUCUACAUUACCUGGGCCGUGUGCAGCUCCAUCGGGCUCUCGCCCUUGAUCCAAGCUUGUAUCAGCAUGUUAUCUAGAGCGAACGACUCCAUUGAACGCAAAACCGGCCAAUCCCUCCACCCUUUGGUCUUCAAAGCAACAGGAACCAUUACUAUCAUUGCCAUUAUCCUCAGCAUUAUCGGAAGCACCCAAUCUACGAAUAUCAUGCAUAACAUGUCCAACCCCAAGACCAAAGCCAGUCUGGUUCUGUUCCUGGUUGCGUGGUUGGGGCUCGGUAUUCUGCUGCUCCUCAUUGGCGCACAUUUCUCUACCAUCGAGGCCGGUGAACAUCGUCUGCUGUUUGCUGUUGGCGUCUCGAUGCCCUUGAUUCUUAUCCGUCUUGUGUAUUCGUAUUUGUCUGUUUUUGGACAGAGGACGGAGUUUAAUAUGUUUACGGGAAAUGUGACUAUUAUGUUGGUGAUGGUGGUGCUGGAGCAGAUUGGGGUUGUAGUGGUGUGUUUGGGAGUUGGGUUGACGCUGGACAAAAGGGAUGCGCUGGUACGCCCAUUGGAACAGGUAGAUUGA